AUGUCUUCCAUCUCACUCCGCUCCGCCCUGGAAACCACCCCCGUGGCAUACGGCUUCUGGUUGACCCUCCCCAGCGCUGCCGUCGCAAAGACGAUCCUCCGCCGCAGCCCCGAGUAUUCGGAAGGUGGAUUCAGCUGGGUCCUAGUGGACGCCGAACAUGGAUUGAUUAACGACAGUCACUAUUACGAGCUCACUAAUGCCGUUGGCCACGAGGGAGCCAGCCCGAUUAUCCGCGUCCCCUGGCCUGAAGAAUGGAUGAUCAAGCGUGCUCUGGAUGCUGGCGCGCAUGGAAUUAUGACCCCGAUGUGUCACUCUGCAGAGGAUGCCGCUAAGGUCGUCAGCUACUGCAAGUAUCCACCGAUUGGUGUCCGUGGAUACGGACCCAUGUAUACGGCGCAUUCAUUCCCAGGCGUGUCACCGGCGGAGUAUGAUGCGAAGACUCACAAUGAAGUGCUGGUUGUUGUGCAGAUCGAGUCGCGGCCUGGUGUUGAGAAUGUAGAGGAGAUUGCGAAAGUUGAGGGACUUGAUGUUCUGUUUAUUGGGCCCUUCGACCUGGCUAAACAGAUGCGUGUCACUCGUGGUGGCGAGGAGCACGAGGCUGCUAUCCAACGAGUCCUCAAUGCUGCGAAGGCUUCUGGCAAGAAGGCAGCUAUUUUCUGCUCCGAUGGCAGUGAUGCUCUUCGUCGGACUCAGCAGGGCUUUGAUAUGGUUUCCAUCAUCACUGAUACUGCUAUCAUUGGUGAUGGGAUGCUCGCCGAAUUAGCGAAGGCAAAAGGCACUGCUAAGCUUGAAGAAAAGCGUGAAGGUUAUUAG